GCCACCACCCGCAGGUUCCCCGCGCGCCCGAAGUCGCGUCUCCGGCUCCGUCCCCCCGGCUGCCGCCCUCGCGCCGCUCGCGUCCUGCAGGCCCGAGUGCCCGGCGGGUCUGGCCCCGGGUUCUGCCGCAGAGCUCCCGCCGGCUGCCUGCGGAGAUGCCCCCGAAGAAGGCGCGUAAGAACGCGCAGCCGAGCCCCACCCGGGCUCCGGCAGAGGCUGAGGUUGAAUGCGCCAUGCAAAUCAGGAGAAUUGGGGACAAACUGAAUUUUCGGCAGAAGAUUCUGAACCUCAUCUCCAAAUUCUUCCACUCAGGAACCUGACUGCUUUAGAAGCUUUGAAAUGAGGAAUCUCAAAAGGGGUGAUUCCUCAGGAAGCGCUGAUUUUAUCAAUUAGAGGAGAGAAGGCCUUGGAGAAGGAUGUCAAGUGCUCACUUGCUUCUGGAUGCCCUUGGAAAGGAAGAUGGAAUAUAUAAAACUGAAUUUCUGUUGUAGGUUUCCCAGAAGUCAUUCUUUGGGAUGUGAAGACAUUAUACAUCUACUUGAUUGUUUAUUUUGAAGAAAGCAUGGAAAAUAGAGAAUUGAUUAUAGAUACCUGUUAUAUUUGCAUAGAUAAUCAUUCUGAUAUUUUUGCUGAAAGUUGGUGCCCAGCCUAACUUGUGUAAGGGGAGUUGACAAAUGAUUACACUGAGGGUAGCGACCAAGAAACAAACUGUGUUCCUUGUUUCUUUCCAAUUGUGGGUGAUCACUCCACAAUAAUGUAUGGUCUUGGUUUAUAGAUUAUCUUGUUAAAAGUAAACUUUUCAUUCUGAGAACACUGAAUAUCAUGUUGCUGAAUGUUGGUUUUAUAGGUCACUACAACAUAAGAUAACUUGAUAGUUCAUUUCUUUUGACUUAAGAUUUUUUGCUUCUGUUCAGCUGGGAUCUUAAUUGGAAAGUGUGCUUUGAAAAAGUUCAAUAGAAGUAUAAGAAUAUUAUUUGCUAUAGGGAUAUGGUGUAUUACAGCCUGAAUGUGAAAAGAUACAAUGGGUGGGGAUUUUGCAUAGCCAGAAAUAAUGAAAAAAGUGAAUUAGAUCUUUUUCUGCUGUAAUUAAAACUUAGUAAAACAAAUGAUACUGUAAGGUAACUUGCUAAGAAAAUGCAUUUCUAAAUUCUAAAAUACUAUUUCUCAUUCAAGUCUCUGUAUCCUAGUAAGGUGUGAUUUUUUUUUUAAAGACAAUUAAACAUGUUUUCAUAAUUGAAAUGACUUUAAAAAAGGGACCAGAUCGAUCAGCAUAUGAACCCCAUUGACAUGCAUGAAGUUUUCUCUCUGGUUGGGAUUAGUAUUACUUGAAGAUUCCAAGAAAGGGCUCAUGAAUGUCUAAAUUUUUAUUAUUAAAAGUCCAGGCUAUCAGCAAAGACCUCAACCAUAUAAAAAGAAAAAAAAAUUGUAAUUGACCUUCAACAGGGGUAUUUUUAUUUAUUUUUACCUAUUUAUAAUGAUAACGUUUGUGUUUAGCUUGAAAGUACAUUAGUUUAAGUUGCAGUUUUAGGUUAUGAGACCAGCAUUUGUUUUGUAACUACUUGAACUUUUACAGUAAGAAUGUUUUAAUAUAGGCUAUAGUCACUUUAGAUGAAAAUUACCUCAGCAUCUGUUUUUCUUCAGUAUUACUUCAGGUUAGUUUAUUUAGUUGUGAAGACAUUUUUUGUAUGCCUGAAGGCAGCUAUUUCGCCAUGGGGAUAUUUAUGGUAUGUAACUGUAUUUAUAUAUAUAUAUGCUGAUCAAACUUGAUACUGUAGCUUUAAACGAUUAAAAAUGAUCACCUUUC